CUGGCGGGGUCAGCCCCCGACGAGCUGCCUGGCGCAUGGCUGUGUGGGGCUUAGGGGGCCGCCUGGGCCUGCUCGGGGGUGUCGGCGCCGGUAGACUACUAUGUCCCCGUUUCCAGAGCCACCGCCCCCAGGGCGUGAAAGACGGGGACGGGCCUCAGUCUUCCUUGAAGACACCCAAGAUCCCCAAGAUAUACACCAAAACAGGAGACAAAGGGUUUUCUAGCACCUUCACUGGAGAAAGGAGAUCGAAAGAUGACCAAGUGUUUGAAGCCGUGGGAACGACGGAUGAAUUAAGUUCAGCUAUUGGGUUUGCUUUGGAAUUCAUCACUGAGAAAGGCCACCCAUUUGCUGAAGAGCUUCAGAAAAUCCAGUGCUCGCUGCAGGAUGUCGGCUCUGCUCUGGCCACACCACGCUCCUCAGCCAGGGAGGCUCACCUAAGACACGCCGCAUUCGAGGCAGGGUGCAUCCUGGAGCUGGAGCAGUGGAUCGACAAGUACUCCAGCCAGCUGCCCCCACUCACAGCCUUCAUCCUGCCGUCGGGAGGCAAGAGCAGCUCUGUGCUGCACUUCUGCCGUGCUGUGUGCCGCCGAGCAGAGAGACGUGUGGUGCCCCUUGUCCAGAUGGGUGAGACGGAUGCUAACGUGGCCAAGUUCUUAAACAGACUCAGUGACUAUCUCUUCACGUUAGCCAGAUAUGCGGCCAUGAAAGAGGGGAAUCAGGAAAAAAUAUACAAGAAAAAUGACCCGUCGGACCAAGCCUGAGGCACGUGGAAAUAACUCAAAGUGGGGAGAUCUGCAGACUCUCUCGCAGGCGAAGGGUGUGUCCUUCCUGUCCCGAUUCCUGAAGAUCCUGGCCGGGGUAGGGCUGCAUGAGCCUCCUGGCCCCUCCCGGGUCACAGAGGACGUGAGAGUGAAUGAAUGGAGUAUUGCCGAAAGUCAGGUCAAGUGACUGCUGCAAGGAAGAGCCACGUAGAAAAAAAUAAAAGUGGGACAAGCUGGA